AAGAGAGAGAGAGAGCGAGAUGAGGUAGCAACAUAGCAAGCACACGAGCGCAAUUUGACAUCCCCCGGCGUGGUCUGUAGCCUUUUACCAUAGCCUGUAUCAAAAGAAAAAGACAAUUCGACGAAUUCUGGGUGGAGAUUUUAAUCGUAGCCUACUGAACUUGUGUCAUAUUUUCUAUUUUUUACUACACGUUGCAUUUACAGUAAUAUUUGGAAUUGUGAUCAAGAAAAGCAAAAUGUUAAGGAUAAUGUUUCAUGUCACUCAAUAAGAUCAGUUGAAGAAGAUCAAAAGUCCAAUCAAGACCAAUCAUCAAAAAGGCCCAAACUACCAGUGAAACAACACUGUCCGCAUUCCGCCAUGUCUUCCAACACCAGUGCUGCCCCCAGUGGAGCGGAGGGAGAACAGCAGCCAGAGCAGACCAUCACCUCCCAGCCAACCAGCGCUGAGCACCAAGAGACAGCCCCUGACUCCAGCCAAUCGGAAUCCAAAGACCACUUGGCAGUAAUCAGCGAGAAGAUGGAGACCAGUAAUGGAAUGUGUGCUGCCGACUCCUCGCCCACAUCUUCCAUCUCGUCCCCAAAGCGACUGCAACACGCCAAACCUACCAACGGCCGGGCUCGGAAAGGAAGCCGCUCUGGGUCCCUGCUGGGUCAUGGGGCAGGGUCUCCCAGGCCUUCCAUCAGCCGUCAGCCCAGCACCGUGACAGAGGAGGACGACGGCAAGCCCCCUAGAGACUACCUAAUAUUGGCCAUCCUGUCCUGCUUCUGCCCCUUGUGGCCGAUCAACAUCGUGGCUCUUGUCUUCUCUGUUAUGUCGAGGAACAGCCUGCAGCUGGGGAACGUAGACGGGGCGCGGCGUCUAGGCCGGAACGCAAUGGUGCUGUCCAUCGUUUCACUAGUUGGCGGGGUCAUCAUCAUCAUCGCAGCCAUCGUCUUAAACUGGGGAAGUAUAAUAAAAUCCUGAGGGUCACCAUGGAAACCAGGAGCAAGAUCGCAAGACAGCACACCAACAACCAUCCCAACCAGACUUUUCCCCUCUCCUACGAUCAAAACACUAUUCUACAAAUCGCCUGCAACCUACAGCAUACCCCUUGGACCCCUUUUUUGCUGCACUAUCAUGUAUGGCCUGUAAUAUGUUCUCUGAAACAGAUAGACAAGUCCGUCACCUCUACCUCCUACACCCCAAUGCUGCCACCAGUGGUGUAGUGCAGGGUAAACGUACGUAAACGUCAUUUACACACAUUUUGCUCCUGUGUUUAUCCACCUUUUGCAGACAAAUGCAUUGAAAGUAUAGGGGGCGUUACUUUAUUGACCGUCAACGGUGAUCAGGAGUACCCAUCUAUUUUUUGACCACUGGCUGCCACCAUCACUCAGAAGGUCGAAGGCGUCAGGUAGAACAACACUGAGGUAGGAUAGACAGUGAUAAACAGACUGGUUCUUCUGAAUGAGAGAGAUGCGUCUAACGAGUCUAACUCUGGUCAACGAUGCCAUGAUCUCCUGGUUGCCUGAGUCUCAGAGUGUAUUUAAAGUCUCUGCAUGAUUUUCCGGGAUCAGGCUGCUCCUCCCAGGCUGUUCCUCCCAGGCUGCUCCUGCCAGGCUGCUCCUCCCAGGCUGUUCCUCCCAGGCUGCUCCUCCCAGGCUGUUCCAAUGUGACAAAACACAAAGUGUCUCUAUUGUUGCCGGAAAGGACAUCUGGUUUUCUCUGUAAUGUUAUUUCCUUCCACUGAAUCAUUCAUCUCCAGUCAGUCCACACCUCUGUAACACAACCAAGGGAUCCUUUUAACUGUGACGCCAAAACCAGCCCACCCUAUAGGAUCAUGUUAAAGAUGGCAAAGGAAGAGUUAGGGAGGGAGAGGGAUUGGAAUUGAUCUUUGAUCAAUGUGAUGAUGUUGAUGGGGGGGGGGGGCUUUUUUAGUUCUGAAUUUGUUCCAGAUUGUUAUUUUCUGUGAAGGGAGGGAGGAGGAGGAGUUAGAGACAGAUGGGACCAUCUGUACUUUAAUUUAGGGACAAACCUGGGGUCUCCAUCUCUUUGCUUCAUCAUCUUCGUUUAAAAAUAACUGGAAUCUGGGGAGAAUGAGCCACUCCGGGUUUGGGAUUGAGGCUGGGCUGGUAACUCAUAUGCUCUCUCAAACACACUAUCUUACACCCCCCCCCUCCCCACACGAGCACAUGCACACACACAGACACACACACAAUCAUCCAUACACAUACUGUCAGAAUGACUUCUCAUUGGCUGAGAGAAAGAGGGAGAUAAAGAACAGGAGAGGAGAAGAGGGAGAGAGGGAGGGGAGGAUUGGGGAUAGCUGCAUGGGCUGCAGUCCUUUGUUUGGCACAGAUGGCGGCAAAGAGAGAGUGUGUGUGUGUGUGUGUGUGAGAGAGAGAGAGAGAGAGAGAGAGAGAGAGAUGGUGUGGUGCUUGUUACUGAUGCUGGAUAAAAAGUCUGAGGAUACUAGACUGGAAAAACGAACGGAGCAGAGCUGGUUACAGAAUAAACACAAAAGACAGGCGGUAAUUUUAAUUUAGUUGCUUACUCUUCAUUUCCCCCUCUUCUGUCCAGUAUCUACCACCAUAUUAUCUACCAUUUAUUGGUAACAUUAUUUAUUAAUUUGACCUUUAUUUUAACAGGGUGUCCUAUUGAGACCAAGGUCUCUUUUGCAAGGGAGCCAUGUAUCUCACAAUUACACAACAACAAUGUUAUGACAGCCUGCUUGACAGUAUUUACACAGUUCUAAACAUAGUCUACCAUCUCUGGUCAGUUGGAAUCCAUUCCUCUCCCUUCAGUAUUGCAAAUAUAUUACCCACUUUACCUUUCACCUCUCUAAUAUGUAGUCAUUAUCUUUGAUGGUUGCCUCUUUUGUUAAAAUUCUAUGCAAAUACCUUGCUGGGGUAUUUGUUCAGUUGGUACUCCUUCUCCACCGUGGUCAGUAUCAGCUCCUAUGUGCUUACUGUUUGCCCUUGUCUGGUUGUUAUUCACAAAGCAGAAUGACCUCUUCUCCCUUUGGAAGUCAGUCAGUGUGUCACUGUGCCAAAGCCUGGAAUGUGAGCCAAGCCACGUACAGUAGAGGCCAGGCAGUCUUUGGCUUGACUCUGGCUAAGUGCUCUGUCGGUGUGUGUGAGAGAGAGAGAGAGAGAGAGAGAGAGAGAGAGCGAGAGUGUGUGAGAGAGAAAUGCAGUGUGUAUGUAUGUAUGUAUGUAUGUGUGUGUGUGUGUGUGUGUGUGUGUGUAAGAUAGUCUUUAAGAGUGUGCGUGUGUGUCUGCCCCUGGAUGCUGUUUUUAGGGAGAAGCAGGUGAGUCAGUCCCCUCCCACUCAGUUUAAAGGUAUCAUAUUCUACUUGGCACACACAUUCCCUUCACUUCCCGAGCCCAGUCCCCUGUGCAUGUUUACAGUAUCGUUUACAGUGUGUUAUACUUAGGAGUUUAAUGGAGGAUGGGUUAACUCUAAUGCUUUUACACCAAGGACAUCUUUAUGUAGUUGAGAGACUUGUUGACUUGUGCAGCGCAUUGUAAAUAAAUAAUAUGCAUAUUUAUUUGCCAUGAUGACACAUGAUAUUCACGUCCAAAGUUGACUUUUUCACUUAGAUUUGUUUGAGUAGUCAAGAAUAAUCCAUGUCAAUUUGUUAUUUUGAGACUCUGCUCCACCUGACCGUUUUGAAGCACUUCCUCCGAACCACCCUUGAAGGCUAGACUAGCUACCAUAGAAAGGCAACAAUAAGGUUGAAAACCAAAGAAGGUUUCCCAUUUGGAAUGACGAGUGAGGAUGUUCCACUCUGACAGUGCCAGGGUUUGAGGUUUGGAGGGUUAGUGAGGGGGUGUGUCCCAAUAUUGCCUUUCUACUGAAGUGUACACUCGUUCACUACUUCCCAAAAAUCUAAAAGCAUUGGAUUAGUGGAGGCAUGCAGGGUGGGAAAUAAAGCUUUUGGUCCACCAGCCACAGAAAACACGCGCGCACACACACGCACACAAACACACACACACACAAAGUCUUGUACAGCUAACCAUGCGGGGACACAUUUUCCCUAACUUCUAAACCUAACCCUAACCUGUACUCUUACACUAACCCUAGCCCCUAACCCUAAAACUAACCCUAACCUUAACAUUAAACCCCCUAGAAAUAGCAUUUGACCUCAUUGGGACUAACAAAAUGUCCCCAGUUUUUGUUUGUUUACUAUUCUUGUGGGGACCAGAAGUCCCCACAAGAAUAGAUAAACAAACACACACAAUUUCAAAAUAAUUUUUUACAUACUCAACAAAACGUUGAGCAAAAUCAAAACUUCUCCCAAAUGCUCUGUGUGAUCAGCCACCAAUGUGGCUGGUAACAAUAGACAUUCUACCAGCCAAUGCCAAAAUCUGGUGGCUGGUUUUUCCCCCCACAUUGGCUAGAGGCAGUUUCUACAGUAUUUAUUGUACCAGUUAUUUUCAAAUCAGUGAAGGGAACUUAACAAGUGCACACUUUGGGAGGAAGGAGAAGAUAUUGUCGAAGUCUCCUGUAACCCCAUUCACGCCAAAAGUGUAGCAUGUCUGUUUGUACUAACCACAUAUGCAAAAAUGUUUUCAGCUGAAAGUGAAUGCUGACUUUUGGCUUCUUUUAUUUCCAUUUCUCAAUGGUUGUGCACAACUAUGGAUAUUUAACCUGCUUGCACUAUAUUGUCGUAUGUAUAUAUUUAUUUAUAUACCUGGUUAUGCCUUUGGUUUGAUAUGGACUGUUAUUGAGCUAUUAGUGCUAUUAUUUGUAGCACUAGUUAUUUCACUAGUGUUACUAUUGUCAUUGUUAUGGUUACUAUUUCUAUUUUCACUGUUAUUUCUACUAGUGUUGUUGUUCUCUUGAUGACAUUACACUAGAACAGCAGGAAACAAUGUUCGAUAAUGGCCUUCGCUGUUAUUCAACCGGUUGAUUGUGAGCUUCCUUGACAAGAAAACUGCUAAAAAAAAAAGCAUGUGUACAUUUAGCUAGUUACACAAUUCAUAUGCUUCGACAGUAGAUACCUUGUGUGAUUGCAACGAUCAUGACCAACCAGUUCAUGAGAUAAUUUAUAUGCAGACAUAAAUAAAUAGUCUUUCAAGCCACCAGGUGAGUAAUCUCCACCUUUUCUUCAUGUCUUCUUAGUAAUUUCCUAUUCAUCUCUCAGGUCUUUCUUUCUCCUACUAAUUCAUUAAUUAUUCCCAACCAAUUAAUGUUCUUCUUCACCUUUUAUUUUCAAUAGGUUUAUUAUUAUAUUGUUAUAUUCUAUUUAGCAGAAGUUUUUAUUUAAAGCGAUUUACAGCCAUGCGUGCAUAAAUUACUAUAUAUGGUUGGGAAUCGAACCCACAUUCCUGGCAUUGCAAGCGUCAUGCUCUACCAACUGAGCCAUACAGGAUCACUUUACAAUUAUCUAUUUGCUCCCGUUUCACGUUUGUUAUGUGCUACUUCCUGUCCAAUAUAAUCUAUAUCCUGUUUGAUAUGUUAUCUCUUUGGAGAAGGGAUCUUGGGUAACUCCCAAAUGGCACCCUACUCCCAGGGCUCUAGUCAAAAGUAGUGCACUAUAUAGGGAAUAUGGUGCCAUUUGGGAGGUAUCCACAGACUGCAGCACCGGUGGUUCCAGACCAUUGGCCCACUUAGUUAAUCAGUGUUGUUCUUCUUAUUGUCGUUGGUUACGGAUCUAUACUAUAAUCCUGAAUCAGACAUCUGUGCUGACUUGCCUGACUGUGCAUGCCUUAAUUGACUGCUUUAUAAACAUACAGUAUGAGUAUGUAUGUACACUACUAUGUUAAUCCAAUAUAUUGAUAAAGACCUCUGUAUUGAUCUUGA